UCGCGAGACACACGUGGGUCUUCUCUCGGGCCAGUCUCAGACAGCGAGUCCCCGUGCACAGCCAGCGCAGCAUGAAAACCUCGACCCUGGGGCCGAGCCCCGGAACCGCGAACAUGGAGGAGGACGGGGACAUGGAGGAAGGUGGCCAGGAGGGAGACUUCACUCUGGAAGAGGUGCUGCGUUUAGGAGGCACCAAGCAUGACUUCGUCAUGCUGGCAGGUCUGGAGGAGGUGGAUGAGUUGGUGGAUGGUGGGAAGAAAGCGGGUGUCAUUGAUGAUCUGGAAGAUGGAGAACUGCAGGCUUUCAUUAACAAGUUGGGGUUACCCAAAUUAUCCAUGGCUGUUGCAAAGGAGGAUGAGACAGAAGCAGAGGGGGAAGAGAAAGAGACACAGGCUGGCCCAGGGAAGACCAAACCAAAGAAAGGUCAGAAAACAGAAGCCGACACAGAAUUAAAUAAAGAGUCCGAAAAAAAAGCAAAGAAAAAGGCUAAGAAGAAAGAAGCGAGUACAUCCACUGCCUCCAAAACCAAAGGGAGGCCAACAUUUGAAUUUAUUGAAAGGACACUAUUGCUUAUUAAACCAGGUGGAAAAUGGUAUGACCACGAGUACACGAAAGAAUAUAGUUCGCAGCCUCAAAAUGCAGAAGACGUAAACAAAUAUAAAUCUUUGGCUGAAAAGCUGUAUGAACAUGAAGUGAUCCUGUAUAAAACUAAGAAGGAACACCGGAAAGGAGCAAACUCUGCUUGGAUGAAUACUGUGGUAUCUACCGGCACAAUUCCUGAUAGAAUGGCAGCCAUGACAGUACUCCUUCAAGAUGCACCCAUACACACAGUUCGAUUACUGGAAAACCUACUGAACAUGUUAAGGAAGAAGGGUAGCAAACGCCAGAACCUAAUGGCAUUGGACACUUUUAAAGAUCUGCUUCUCUCAGAUCUUUUGCCUGACAACCGCAAACUCUUUGCAUUUGAAAAUCAUCCUUUUGACAAGCUGGAAGAAAUGUCCAGUGGCAACAGGGAUGCAAGAGAUCGGAGACUCGUACUGUGGUAUUUUGAAGAACAGCUGAAGAAGCAAGUAGUGGAGUUUGUGAAAGUCCUCGAAGGCUUAUCACAUGACCAAUUGUUUGCAACCAAGGCAAAGGCGUUGAAUGUGGCUCAUGAGCUUCUCUGCAAUAAGCCAGAAGAGGAGAAAACUCUCCUAGUACUGCUGGUUAAUAAACUAGGUGAUCCUCAAUACAGAAUUGCCACCAAAGCUUCCUAUUUGCUUGAAGUAUUGCUUAACAAGCAUCCAAACAUGAAAGUCGUUGUUUGCCUAGAAAUUGAAAGGCUGCUGCAUCGCCCCAAUGUAAGUGAAAAAGCGCAGUAUUACGGAAUCUGCUUUCUAAACCAAAUCAUGUUCUCACACGAAGAAGCCGACUUGGCAAAUCAACUGAUAACGUUGUAUUUUUGUUUUUUCAAGUCAUGCAUUAAAAAAAAGGAUAUUGAUUCUAAAAUCCUUCGGGGUCUAUUGACUGGCGUUAACAGAGCUUAUCCGUAUGCAAAUAUUGGGAGUGAAAAAGUUAAAGAGCAGUUGGAUACACUUUUCAAAAUUGUACAUGUUGUCAACUUUAAUACAGGGGUGCAAAUUCUCAUGUUGCUCUUUCAAGUCAUGGACUCUCAACAAACAGUGUCAAAUAGAUACUAUGCAGCACUGUACAAAAAGCUACUGGAUCCUGGCCUGUCACAGGGUUCAAAGCAGACCAUGUUUCUUAAUCUUCUCUUCAAGUCUAUGAAAGCAGAUGUUGUACUGAGGCGAGUGAAGGCAUUUGUGAAGAGACUGUUACAAAUCACCUGUUGUCAAAAGCCAUCGUUUGUCUGUGGAGCCUUAUAUCUAAUCUCAGAGAUUAUAAGACUUAAACCAGGUUUGAAAGUUCUGCUUCAAGAAAACGGGGAAGAGGAUGAUGAAGAACAUUUCUGCGAUGCACCAGAUGAGGAAGAUGAUGAGCAAGAACAGAAGAAAACCUUGACAUCUCCAACGAAAGAUAAUGCUGGUUCAUGGAUACACCAGCAAACGCUCCAAGGUUUAAAAAAUGCCAAUACUUAUGAUCCCCUUAAUAGAAACCCAUUAUUUUGUGGAGCCGAUAACACCAGUCUUUGGGAACUCAGGAAGCUUUCUGAUCAUUUUCAUCCAACGGUGGCCAUGUUUGCAAAAACCAUCUUGGAGGGAAAUCCAGUUCAAUAUACAGGUGACCCUUUGCAAGACUUCACACUGAUGAGAUUUUUGGAUCGUUUUGUGUAUCGUAAUCCAAAAUUGCCAAAAGUAGGAGAAAAUCGUGGCUACCUAAUGCAUCAAAAGAAGAAGUUGUACAUGACUGAACAGAGGCAACUUGUUAACAGUGCUGAGUUUCUUGAAAAGGAAGAAACGGAAAUACCUGUAGAUGACGUAUUCUUUCACAGAUACUUUAAAAAGGUAUCAAAAGACCAAAAGAGGGUUAAACGAGAUGAAGACGAAGGUAGCAUAGAAGAUGUAGAUGAUGAUGAAUUUGAUCAGAUUCUCGAUACAUUUGAAGGGGACAGUUUUUACAACGGGAACACUGAUCCUGCUGAUCUUGAUUUUGCUGGUAAUGUCAAACCAGACAAGAAAACUGGAAAGAAGUCCACAGAAGAAGAGAAUUCUGACUCAGAUUGGGAUGUUGAUGCUGAAGACGAAGAUGAAGAAGUCUCUUUGGGCAGUAUGUGUGAGGAAGAUUUUGAAGAUGAAUCUGGUGGACUUUUUAUGGAUCCUUCAGAUAAUGAUGAGGAUAAAAAACCAGAGGCACAGAAAGCAAAGAAGAGAAAGGUAAAGAAUGAGGACGUGUUUGCCGUUGCAGAGGAGUUUGGUGACAUCUUGGAUGAAAAUUCUGGCUCAAAAUUAAAUAAUAUUGGGAUAAACGCAGUGGCCAAUAGGGACAAUUCAAGUGUCAAGCAACUCAAGUGGGAAUCAGAUAGAGAUAACUGGCUGAAUGAUCGACAUUCUAGAGGCAUCAAAAAGAAAAGAUUUGGCAAGAAGAAGAUAUAUAAAAAAGUGAAAACUUAAAUGUGCCGCUUUCUAUGUAUUUAACAGUAAUGUAUUUUUUGAAAGACA